UCUUUCUCUCUAACCCUCUCUCUCUCUCUCUCUGAUGCGGGGAGCAGUGCCGUGCCGUGUGUGUGUGUGUGAGCGUGUUGCUGAGAGAUGAUGAAACGUCCGCGUCAGUGAGCCGUUGGGAAGCUUCUCCCUGCCUGAGGAUGUGAGAGAAUUGGAGGCUGAACGAGGGAUCCACUCCAUCCUGCAGGCCGAGCCGUCUGCACAGGCCUGCUUUCCCUCUUUCUCUCUCUCUCCAUCCUCUCUUUCUCGUGACGCUUCUCUCACCCUUUUUUCCCUCCUUGUUCUUCCUCUGUGGAGCAAGGGGAUCGUCAUCCCCCCAUCGAUUCUUUUUUUGUGGUGGUGGCUCCCUCCUUCUCUUCCUCCUCCUCCUCCUCCUCCUCCUCCCCCCUCUCUCUCCAUAUCCACCACCACCUCCUCCUCUCUUUUUUUUUCUCUAUUCUUCAAGAGGACCUCUUUGGAAUAGCAAACCUCCAUGUAUGACAAUUUGUACCUGCAUGGAUUUGAAGACUCGGAGGCGGGCUCAGCUGAUUCCUACACUAGCAGGCCGUCUGAUUCAGAUGUGUCGUUGGAGGAGGAGAGGCCGGAGGGGGGUAGUCAGGGCCGGCAGGAGCGAGAACAACAGGCUGCUCUGCAGCUGGAGAGGGCAAAGGCCAAAGCGGUGGCCUUUGCCGUGAAAACAAAUGUCAGUUACUGUGGCGCGCUGGAUGAAGAUGUGCCUGUGCCAGGAACUGCCAUCUCAUUUGAUGCGAAAGACUUCCUGCACAUCAAAGAGAAGUUUAACAAUGACUGGUGGAUUGGGAGGCUGGUGAAAGAAGGCUGUGAGAUUGGUUUUAUCCCCAGUCCCUUGAAGCUGGAGAAUAUCAGAGCACAGCUGGAACAGAAGAAAAGCCGUGUACAAGGUAAGUCCAGUGGAAGCUCCUCCUCCAGUUUGGGGGAUGUGAUGUCAUCAGGCAAGCAGAAACAGAAAGUGACUGAACAUGUGGCUCCCUAUGAUGUUGUGCCUUCCAUGAGGCCCGUGGUGCUGGUUGGUCCAUCGCUGAAAGGAUACGAGGUCACUGAUAUGAUGCAGAAAGCUCUUUUUGACUUCUUGAAACACCGGUUUGAUGGCAGGAUAACUAUCACGCGCGUGACAGCAGAUAUCUCACUGGCAAAGAGAUCCGUGCUUAACAAUCCCAGCAAGAGAGCCAUUAUCGAGCGCUCAAAUACCAGAUCAAGCCUCGCUGAGGUACAGAGCGAGAUUGAGCGCAUAUUUGAACUAGCUCGCUCGCUCCAGCUGGUUGUGUUGGACGCAGACACCAUCAACCAUCCUGCCCAGCUGAUGAAGACUUCACUAGCACCCAUUAUCGUCCAUGUCAAAGUGUCCUCGCCAAAGGUCCUCCAGCGGCUCAUCAAAUCUAGAGGAAAGUCUCAGAGUAAACACCUCAAUGUACAGCUCGUAGCCGCAGAUAAACUAGCACAGUGUCCUCCGGAGAUGUUUGACAUCAUCUUGGAUGAGAAUCAGCUGGAAGACGCGUGUGAACACCUGGCUGAGUAUCUUGAGGCGUACUGGAAGGCGACCCACACCUCCAGCAGUACCCCACUUAACCCUCUGCUGGGCAGAAACCUCGGCCCCGCUGCCCUGGCCCCUUACACUACGUCUGCCAUAUCUGGCUUGCAGAACCAACAGGGGCAAAAAACACGACAUGCCAACCACACCGGAGACCACUCCACCCCCAACGAACGGCGCAACCUGAUGACCUCAGAUGAGAACUACCACAAUGAACGAGCGCAUAAGGGACGGAACCGGGGCUCCUCUGGCUCGCAGCACGGCGGCAGCGGUCGAGACCACCACUACAUGGAAGAGCAGCAGGGCUACCAGGACCCCUACCAGGACACCUACAAGCCCCACCGCAACCGCAGUUCCCCAGGCAGCUACAGCCAGGACUCACGACACCGGCUCUGAGCCCCCCCGUCCCGUCCCGUUUCGUCCUCCAAGCCUGAGCCACAGAGCCACCGAGCCAAGAUGGCUUCUGUCCAGAAUUGUAUACAUCUUCCAUUGCAUUUUCGUUUCGUUAGGGUCUCUCGAGCUACAAAGCAGAAACUUUGUUUAGCCCCUCCUGAACCUUCGCCAUCUGACCAAAGCCUGCAUUUCCGUCUGCUUAUACACAGCCCAUCGUGUCCGCCUGGGAAAAGGGAACGUUACAGUUGUUAUGCUUUUACAUGUUAAUAUGCUUGUUGAAAUUUUCGGUUUUUGUCUUUUGUUGCAAAAAGGGCGGGUUUUACUUCUACCAAGCAACCAUUUAACUUCGAAACCAAAUGAUUGGUUGGUCCUUAAAAGCAAAUAUUCUGUGAAGCUAGCAAUGGCCGAGAAUCAGAGAGUUGUAAAGGGCGCAUACAGGAUCCCUGAGAACUGAACAAGGAGCUCGGUUAGUCUUUAUGUCAUUAUUGCCAGCAUGUUACCUGACCGCAUGCUUCCCCUCGUCAUUAGUGCAUAACUUGAGCGGACGUAGGAUGAUGCUGUGAUCAUUGCCCACGAGCAGGCCCCCGAGAAAGUGGCUGACAAACUGGAACAUUUCAGUAAUUUAACACAAACCUACUGCCAGCUGUCUUUUCUUUACAGAAAUGGAAUCUUACAUGCCGUGAUCUUGGGAGUUUUUCCGAAGCCUCGAAAUCGCAGGCCGUGAAAUUUCCACAUGACUUCUGCCGUAAACAGCGGGAAUCUUAGAUUCAGCCACAGCCAGCCGAUCAUUUGUGCAGGUUAGCAUGGUGCACUGCGUUCUAACCCAUGGACUCGUUUCUUACCAGGCAUUAUUUUCUAGGCUAGGAAGACAGCUUAAAGAGAUGCGUAACGUAGGAAUGCCGAACAAAAGUGUUGCUUUGAUCUAGUCCUCAGUAGAGUUAGAAAGCAUCGACACCUUACGAUUAGUUUGCAUCAUUUAAAAGCUGAAAUUAAGGCACUUUUGGUACAUUGUAAUUUAAAUAGCUCUCGAGGGUGCUUGGUGUCUAUUAAAAAAAGACCAUUUUUCUCUAGGAUGAACAGGUCAGUUUAGUUCUGGUUCUUUAGGAGUGACUGGCACCCUGCGCUCCACCCUGCCAACUGGA